AUGCAGUGGCAUAUUGAAGUCAUACCACGCGACGAACAGGGGCAGGCAUUCUACCUGGACAAGUACAAGAAUUUUAGGCUCAUGGCACUCCGCGUGAACCCAGGGUUGGCUGGUUUCAAGAGCACAGACAGGCAGCAUGGAGACGCUGACACAAGCCAACUUCUCUCAGCUUUCGGUUCGACACUCGCGCGAGAACUCGCAUUCGACGACAGCGUCUGGCUGUCACGGCUGGCCAACCCUGUCAAUGCAUUCUUUGUUGCUGUCCGCGACACGCCAGAGAACAGCCGCGACAUCCUUUCGUCGGUCUGCGUCAGGGGACCGCUGCCGCCUCCCGAGGACGACGAGGGCUACCUGCCCAUGGUCUUGAGGAAGCCGUCCAAGGAGUACAGCGACAAGGAGGACCCAUUGCUGUUCAUGAUUAACGGCAUCUGGACGCUGCCCGAGGCACGGCGAAUGGGCGUUGCGCUUGCACUCAACGAAGCCGCCAAGGAGCACGCGCUGAGCGAGACUCGCGCACGAGGGCGGAGCGAGUGCGUCCUGACGGUCGAGGCGUACCUGAGCAACCUGCCAGCGGUGUCCUUCUACCAGAGGGCGGGCUAUUCUGUUUGCGGGCUGGCAGGAGGGGCCGAGAUUAUCUCUGUUGUCAUCUUUCUGCUCGUCCCUUCUUUCUUUUGCUGGCAAAACCCCGCGGAUGCGAGCAGUGCCUCGUUCUCUAUCACAUUCAAGACGACGACGACGACGAGGCUUCAGAUCGCAGUGCGACAAAUCGCUUUGUCUACAGGAAACCCACGAAACGGCAUUUUCGGCUUUGUGGAACUUUGGCAGGGCACACGAACGUCAUACACUGGGCACGUUGAGUGUCUACCUGAGUGUCUAUCUGCCUGCUCAGCACCUGGCUGCUGCAAGUCGCAGCAUCCAGAUCAAACUUCACCCAUCCCAUACUACCUCAAGACUCGCCAGUCAAGCAUGGCGACCUCGUUACCUCUUCAGCAGCUCCUUCUCGCUGUUCUGCUAUUCUUCUCUCCUCUGGCGCAAGCCGCAGAUCGUCAGGGGGCUCCGGCGCAUCAAGUACAAGCUCGCGCUGGCGGUGAAUUCAUCUUUCCUGGCUGUGUGAACGAUUGCGUCGGCGGCUCCGGAUGUGGCACGAAUGAUCCGCAGUGCAUGUGCAAGGCCGCACGGGGAAACCUCCUCGAGGCCGUCGUCACCUGCAUGUCCAAGCACUGCACCAGCCAGAUCGCUACCGCCAAGAUCGACUUCCUGGCCAUCAUGGUGACCGACUGCGCGCAAGAGAGCUUGCCCAUCCCAUCCGCCAAGAUCCAGUCCGCCCAGCGGCUUGCCGACCAGCUGGCGGCCGGCGCCUCCUCUGCUGCUGCAGACACGCCCUCGACUUCAGCUACGUUGCAGACGGCGCAGAUGGCCUCCACGGCCAUUCUGAGGUUGCCAUCCACGAGUAGCGCACAGGCUGCACAGUCCUCGGCCUCACCCGCCAGGUCUUCCGUCAGUUCCGCUGCGCAGUCCUCCACGAACGGGCCCGCGUCAACCAGUGAGGAUGCAGAUACGGCAACGACCUCUUCUAAAGCCGCGGCGACGCCCUCUACUACGUUGGAAGUAGCGGUCACCAGCAAGGCUGCUGCCAAGACGGACGCGCAGAAGUCAACAUCGACCAAGAACACCAAGACAGACCCGACGGACACGACUCCCUUCGGAGCCAGUGAGGGCUCUAUCAAAGCGCCACUUGGCUGGUUGUCUCUGGCUGUUCCUCUGCUUGCCACUCUAGCAGUACUAAGAUGA